CGGCGCCCAGUGCAGGAUGGUGCUGGAGGCGGCGGCGGCCGUGGUGGCUGCGGCGUCGUUGGCGGUAGCGGGAGGGGGUGCGGUGGCGGCAGUGGCGGCGGAGCCCGCGGGUGGUAUAAAAUGGCGGAUUUCGAGGAGUUGAGGAAUAUGGUUUCUAGUUUUAGGGUUUCUGAACUACAAGUGUUAUUAGGCUUUGCUGGACGGAAUAAAAGUGGGCGCAAGCAUGACCUCCUGAUGAGGGCGCUGCAUUUAUUGAAGAGUGGCUGCAGCCCUGCGGUUCAGAUUAAAAUCCGAGAAUUGUACAGACGCCGAUAUCCACGGACUCUUGAAGGACUUUCUGAUUUAUCCGCAAUCAAAUCCUCGGUUUUCAAUUUGGAUGGUGGCUCCUCGCCUGCGGAGCCUGACUUGGCUGCGGCUGGAAUCCACGCGUUGCCUUCCACUUCAGUUACUUCUCACUCACCGUCCUCUCCUGUUGGUUCUGUGCUGCUGCCAGACACUAAGCCUGCGUUUGAGAUGCAGCAGCCAUCUCCCCCAAUUCCUCCUGUCCAUCCUGAUGUGCAGCUAAAAAACCUGCCCUUUUAUGAUGUCCUUGAUGUUCUCAUCAAGCCCACAAGUUUAGUUCAAAGCAGUAUUCAACGAUUUCAAGAGAAGUUUUUUAUUUUUGCUUUGACACCUCAACAAGUUAGAGAGAUCUGCAUAUCCAGAGAUUUUUUGCCGGGUGGCAGGAGAGAUUAUACAGUCCAAGUUCAGCUGAGACUUUGCCUGGCAGAGACUAGUUGUCCUCAAGAAGAUAACUAUCCCAAUAGUCUGUGUAUAAAAGUAAAUGGGAAGCUGUUUCCUUUGCCUGGUUACGCACCACCACCUAAAAAUGGAAUUGAGCAGAAGCGCCCUGGGCGGCCCUUGAAUAUUACGUCUUUAGUUAGGUUAUCCUCCGCUGUGCCAAACCAGAUUUCCAUCUCUUGGGCAUCAGAGAUUGGAAAGAAUUACUCCAUGUCCGUAUAUCUUGUACGACAGCUCACUUCAGCCAUGUUAUUACAAAGAUUAAAAAUGAAAGGUAUUAGAAACCCUGAUCAUUCCAGAGCACUAAUUAAAGAAAAACUUACUGCAGAUCCUGAUAGUGAAAUUGCUACAACUAGCCUUCGGGUAUCCUUGAUGUGCCCUUUAGGGAAAAUGCGGCUGACAAUCCCAUGCCGUGCGGUGACCUGUACACACCUACAGUGUUUUGAUGCUGCCCUUUAUCUACAAAUGAAUGAGAAGAAGCCUACUUGGAUUUGUCCUGUGUGUGACAAAAAAGCUGCCUAUGAAAGUCUAAUAUUAGAUGGGCUUUUUAUGGAAAUUCUCAAUGAUUGUUCUGAUGUGGAUGAAAUCAAAUUCCAAGAAGAUGGCUCUUGGUGUCCAAUGAGACCGAAGAAAGAAGCCAUGAAAGUAUCCAGCCAACCGUGUACAAAAAUAGAAAGUUCAAGUGUCCUCAGUAAGCCUUGUUCAGUGACUGUAGCCAAUGAGGCAAGCAAAAAGAAAGUGGAUGUUAUUGACCUAACAAUAGAAAGUUCUUCUGAUGAAGAGGAAGACCCUCCUGCCAAAAGGAAAUGCAUCUUUAUGUCAGAAACACAAAGCAGCCCAACCAAAGGGGUUCUCAUGUAUCAGCCACCUGGAAGGGUGCCCAGUGUGACUUCGGUUGAUCCUGCUGCUAUUCCGCCUUCAUUAACAGACUACUCAGUACCAUUCCACCACACGCCAAUAUCAAGCAUGUCAUCAGAUUUGCCAGGUUUGGAUUUUCUUUCCCUUAUUCCAGUUGAUCCCCAGUUUAUAACAUCCUUAAUACCUACAUUUGUAAUUUUAUUGGGCUCAAUCAAGUUGGCAUUCCUUACAAACAUUUGAGUGUUUAGAAUGAGUGCAGUGCUGGAGAGAAAAGCUGUACAGGGCAGGUUUUCAUUUUGUAUAUAAACAUUCUGUACAUGGAAAAUAAUAACUAAAGCUGAUCAAACACACAUGACUCAUUACCUUAAUUCUGCAUUAUUGUGAAAGACAGUCAGAUUUGGACUUUGGUGCUGCCCCACUUUAGAGUUGCUGUAUCCCAAUCCUGCCUGUAGUUUUUGUCAAUGAUAAAGACUCCAGUAUCCCAGAGCCCCAGCCUGAAGACCUUGCAGCGAGCUUGGGUUCUCCUGACAGGCUUAGAGCACAUGCCAGACAGAGGUGAGAAAGGGAAGGAGGAAAACAAACUAGGUUUGUUUUCUUUUUUGUUUUGUUUUGUUUUAAAAAAGGAGGCUUUGAGAACUGAUGUUGAAAGUAGGGAGGGAUACCUGAUCCCACAAACAAUCCUGGAAAUUUAGGACCAAGAUAGUGUGUGCAGUUGACUUUGUUAACAUCAGUAGAUUCUAUAGCCAGAGGGACCUGUUUUUCUAAGAAAUGGGUUCUUCAGGGUUAAAGUCUUAUGUGAGUAAUGCUUUUUUGUUGUUAAUUUUAGAACCUAGAGAUUUUUAUUUUAUAGCUCUAUUUGGGACACUUGGUGUGCUAACUUAUUUUAUAAGUUAGGAGAAGAAAGGCGAAAUUGUACCUUUAGUUGCCAUAGGUUUUUCUACUUUAUCUCCCUAUUAUCCCUUAAUCCCUUUCAUCUUUGUGCAGAUAAGUGCCCACUGUAUGUAUGUAUGUAUGUAAGGAAUCUAGGGAUAAAGGUAAAUUGCCCCCUGAGUAUAAGAAUGCAAGGUAUAGAAUUCAUUGGCAGCUGGGCUAUUGCAUCUUGCAGUCGUUGUGUAAAUGAGAAGGAGUAUCUUUUUACCCUGGGGCAUUCAACUGCCUGAGAGGGAGCAUGAAUACAGAUGUAGGUUUGUGGGCUUUUCAAACCCAGAUUCUCCCUUAAUUUCCUAAAAUUGAUUUGAGUUUAGGGAAGGACACCCCGCAAUUCAGAAGUCUUUACUGCGUCUUAGAAAUUUUUUUUAAGAUUGUAUAUUUAUUUGAAAGAGUAACACAGAGGAGAGGCAGAGAGAGAGAGAGAGAGAGGUCUUCCAUCCGCUGGUUCACUCCCCAAUUGGCCACAACAGCCAGAGCUGCGCCAAUCUGAAGCCAGGAGCCGGGAGCUUCUUCCAGGUCUCCCAUAUGGGUGCAGGGGCCCAAGGGCUUGAGCCAUCUUCUACUGCUUUCCCAGGCCAUAGAAGCUUUUUAUGAACCAGCCUUUUCCCCCAUAACUGACGUCUCUUGAAUUUGUGUGUGUAGCAAGGCCAUUACCCAUCUAAAACAUUAAAUAACAGUUCUUUUCAAAGGCAACCUGAGUUAUUUGUUGCUCUUCUUCUGCCUGGCAGCUUAAACAUAGGGCUGUUGCCAUUUUACUUGUGGCCUUGAAGUCAUGUAUUCUGGACAACUUCAGUUCCUCUUUGUAAUGCAGUGUCUCUAACAAUAAGCUAAAUCAGAUGACAGAAUCGGAAAUAUCAAUUAGAUAUCCUUAUUGAUCUUUUGUACAUUGAACUAGAGACAAAUUUAGAACAUACCUUCUUAGGAUGUGUAAUUAGACCUCACUUUCUUGAAGACAGUGUAGUUGUUUCCCACAUAAAAUGCUCUAGGCUGUUAGCUUUUGCCUUUCUCUGCUCUUGGGCAGCAUUAGAACAUGACACUCAGAUUUGUAUUUGUUUUGGAAUUGCUAGUCAGAGUGGUCAGAAGGGUUUGAAAUCUGAACACUUGGAGAAGGCUGUCAAGCAAGCAUCAUGGGGAAGAUUAGGUUAGGUCUCCUUCACAAUUCAUUCCCAAGUUUUUGUGAUAGCAUGAGAUCAUUCUCUGAGCAUCCUGUGGUAGUUAAUUACUACAAAGUCUCUGUUUUUGAAUGAAUGCUGUCAUUUUAACUACACAAGUAAUUGUAUGUACACCUGUAUGUACAAAGGAGACUAGCUUAACUCUAAAGGCUCUGUUUGCUAAUGAGUCUUAAAGAUUGGUUGAAGUUUGCAUUAGAAUUUUUGCUUAAUAACAUUGAAUAGUAAAUGUUAGCCUUUUACAGUGUGAUUUAAACUGUCUUAAUGCACUUAGUGAAGAAAUUAUUUUUGAGAGUAAGUAUGAGUCACAGUUGGGGUGAUAUUUGGUGUUUAAUGACUUCAGUCAUUUUUGGCAUCAUCACCUGUGCUUUUACCUGUGUAAAUGAUAAACAAGUUGUACACGUUUUGAAUCAUUAAUAUGUUGCUUCACCAAGUCUUAUAAAAUAGCGAAGUAAAUUCAUUCACCUUUCACCCAAAGAUAUGAAGUUUUGAGAUAUUUUUAAAUCCCAGUGGGUGGGAUUUAAUAUGUAACUGUCACUUGCGCAUAUCUAACAAUUUAGUUUCUUUAUUUAAAAUCAGUGUAGCCUUUUCCUCAUCGGCGUCAUUGUUUGU